CUACAGAUUUCUGUUACUGCUCCUUCAUGUCCUGAGAGCUGAAGUUACUGCAGCAGAGAAGAAGAACAUCAUCAGUAAACCUGGAGACAACGCUACACUAAGUUGCAUUUACAACAAAAGAGACUUGCCAUUAAAUAAUAUCCGUGUAUAUUGGCAAAUAGCUGAUGAUUACCAAGAAAAGUGUUCAGUUGUACAUGCACUGAUCGCAGGUCAAGACAACAACAGUAAUCAGUGCAUUCACUUCAAAAACAGGACUCAGUUAUUCUGGGAUCGAUUGGAUAGUGGUGAUUUUUCUCUACUACUACUAAACGUCAGCCAGAGCGACGCACACACGUACAAAUGUUUAGUGCAGGAGAAAAAGCACUUUGCCACACUGGUUCACCAAGAAGAAAUGGUUCUCAGUUUGGCGGCUAGUUAUAGUCAACCAAUACUCAGUGGACCAAUAAAAAACAGUAACAGUACUGGAGAGGAGGUGACUUUCAACUGCAGGUCUGGCAAUGGAUACCCAGAGCCCCAUAUUUAUUGGAUAAAUAGAAUGGACAACAGCUUCCUGCAACCAUCAGGCAUAAACAUCAGCCGCCACCCUGAUGGCACUUACAGCGUUGUUAGCACACUGAAGGUGAAAGCCACUUCUAACAUGCAAAUAGAGUGCUCUGUAGAAAACAGAAUGCUGCAGGAAAAUCGAUCAGUCAACUACACACAGGAGAAGCAAAGUGAUGAUUUUAAUGCAGAAAUUCAUGGAAAAGGCCGAGGUGCUGAAGCAGCUGGGAUUGUUUCUGUUAUCAUUCUGAUAGGUCUUCUAGCUGUUGUAAUCUGCUGGCUAUGGAAACGGAGAUCCUCUAAACCAGUGUCCUAUACAGAUUAA